UAAUAAAAAAAGGAAAAAGAAAAAAAGAAGUAACACAUGGGGAAGAGGAGCUUGAACCAAAGCCAUGCAUGCACAAAUGGGAUCCGUCGAUGGAGGAUUAUUCUGAGGAUUAUUCGGACGUUGAUCGAUUGUUGAGCUUCAAUCGCUGAAUGAUUGAAGACGAUGAUCAAUUUCACAGAAUUUCUUCAUUCUCGCCUUCUCCACUUGAGCACGACGUUUUCUGUGUUGAAUGAUUGCAUUCAUGUUGGAGGCUAUUUGUUUGUGGUUUUCGGUUUCUUGUUGUUUGGGAAAUAAAUCGAGUUGAAGGAAUUGGUUGUGAUUUGAUCUAAUUGAGGAGGUUAGGAUUGAGAGGUUUGGUUCUUGAUGGGAUUUUUGGGGAUCAAUUCGUAUGUUUGGAUUCAGGGGAGGGAGAUUUGUCAAGGACUUAGAGGUCUGUGAAAAUUGAUGGGGAAUACAUGUGUAGGACCAAAUCUCGGCAAUAAUGGAUUUUUGAAAUCUGUUACGGCCGCAGUAUGGCCAAGCCGGCCACCGGAGGAGAGACUUCCUCCACCUAAGGAUGGAGCUGACAGCAAAAGUAAGACAAAUGCGAGUUCUGAUUCAUCUAAAGGCGCCGAUGCUUCAAAAGAUUCAGAACCCCAAAAGGAUGUUCAAACUCAAAGUACGCCGCCUGAAACGGUGAAAAUUGGUAAUAAUGAUCAAAAUAAAGUAGUGGAACGCGAGAUGUCGUCUAGAGUGAUUAAAGAUGAAACUAGGCCGCCGGAGGGUACAAAAUCGAAAAAGGGCACUCAUAUUAAGAGAUUAUCCAGCGCUGGACUUCAAAUUGAUUCGGUUCUAGGGCGAAAAACGGAUAAUAUUAAGGAUCAUUACACAUUGGGACGGAAGCUUGGACAAGGGCAGUUCGGGACAACGUUUCUUUGUGUGGAAAAGGCAUCUGGGAAAGAAUUUGCCUGCAAAUCUAUAGCGAAAAGGAAAUUGACCACGAAAGAGGAUGUGGAGGAUGUUAGAAGAGAGAUACAGAUAAUGCACCAUUUGGCAGGUCAUCCUAAUGUGAUACAGAUUGUGGGGGCUUUUGAGGAUGCUGUGGCAGUUCAUGUUGUAAUGGAACUUUGUGCGGGUGGGGAAUUGUUUGAUAGGAUUAUACAGAGAGGCCACUAUACGGAGAGAAAAGCGGCUCAAUUAGCUAGAAUCAUAGUUGGUGUUGUCGAAGCAUGUCAUUCUUUGGGUGUCAUGCAUCGAGAUUUAAAACCAGAGAAUUUUCUUUUCAUCAAUCAACAAGAGGAGUCAGCACUUAAGACCAUAGAUUUUGGGCUCUCUAUGUUCUUUAGGCCAGGUGAAACUUUCACAGAUGUGGUUGGUAGCCCUUAUUAUGUAGCCCCAGAAGUAUUGCGGAAGCUUUAUGGGCCAGAAUGUGAUGUAUGGAGUGCUGGGGUUAUCAUAUACAUUUUACUAAGUGGCGUGCCUCCGUUCUGGGACGAGACGGAGCAAGGAAUAUUUGAGCAGGUUUUGAAAGGUGAUCUUGACUUUAUAUCAGAACCCUGGCCUAGUAUAUCAGGGGAAGCAAAAGAUUUAGUGCGGAGAAUGCUUGUACGAGAUCCCAAGAAAAGACUAACAGCCCACGAAGUCCUUUGCCAUCCAUGGGUGAAAGCUGAUGGAGUUGCUCCUGACAAACCUCUUGAUUCAGCUGUUCUAAGUCGUUUGAAUCAAUUCUCUGCCAUGAACAAGCUAAAGAAAAUGGCAAUUAGAGUUAUUGCAGAAAGCCUUUCCGAAGAGGAAAUUGCUGGCCUCAGAGAGAUGUUUAAGAUGAUAGACACGGACAAUAGUGGUCAAAUAACUCUCGAGGAAUUGAAGCAUGGUUUGGAAAGAGUGGGUGCUAAUCUUGAGGAUUCUGAAAUUAGUGGGUUAAUGCAAGCUGCAGAUGUUGAUAAUAGUGGUACCAUAGAAUAUGGCGAGUUUGUAGCAGCAAUGCUUCAUUUAAACAAGAUUCAGAAAGAGGACCAUCUCUUUGCUGCCUUCUCAUACUUUGACAAAGAUGGGAGUGGAUACAUCACACAGGACGAGCUCCAACAAGCUUGCGAAAAGUUUGGUUUGUCAGACAUCCGCUUAGAAGAUAUAAUGCGUGAAGUUGACCAGGAUAAUGAUGGCCGAAUAGAUUACAGUGAGUUUGUGGCUAUGAUGCAAGACACUGGUUAUGGUCAGAGGUGAUUGUAAAGCUGCAUGACGAUUGGAAUUAGGGGAAGCCUUUGAGCUUAACUAUUAACAUGCCUCAUUUUGGUUACCGACCAAAAAGCCAAUUUUAUUUAUUUUCUGGCCAGUAGGCCCAAUACAUGUUCUCUGUUUUAUAGUUAGAAGUUGAAAUUAAUGCUCUUUGUAAAGAUGACAAGCUUCAGAGGGAGAGAGUUAGUUUCUUGUUUAUGUUAUUGUUUUUUUUUUUUUUUUGUCCAUAGUGAUUUGUUUUAUAUUGAGCAAUUAAGUUGAAAUAGCAUUCAAGUCUGUUAAUUGAAAAAUGUUAAUCAUUAUUUAAUUAUUUUUCUUUGUAUACUAUGAUUCUGGGGGUUCUAUUCUCUAUUAUUGUACAAGGACUACUCUGGUCAGUUACUGUUCUAUAUCUUUGCUGAAGAUAUGAUACUGAUAAUGGCGGUUUGAACAUUUGACUUGAGAAUGACUACAACACUGCCUCAUGGAAGAUCUUCGUGUAAGUUCUUCUCUUCAAUAAUUAAAUAUCUUCUGAGAUAAUGAACAUAAAAUGCAUAUUUUCUGAGAUAAGAUGAUAGAUACGUGUCAAAUCUUUCCUUGGGUGGGUUUGACUGAGAGGGUCCAAGAUAUAACGAAUACUUUAGUCAGUCACGUUGGAUUACCAGCAGAAGCCAUUGUUUUCUAUCCAACUUUUUAUGUGAGUAACCAUUGAAGAAAGGACAGGAUAUGGAGCAACAAUCAUAAUUUAGUGCUUCUGGAAGGAAAGGAUAUCACAUUCUUAUCAGAAUGCAUAUAUAAUCCUUUUAUUCAAUUAUCAGUGCACUUGAUAAGAUAACAAGGGGCGGCAUGUUAUCAAGAGAAGGACGUGUAAAACCUGUAUUUGUUUGUUUUCAAUAUCAAGAAAUAUCAUUCAUAUUGCCUCUGUACUGAUUCAAAAAAUGUAGUACUAGCUAUUCAUAAAGUUGCAUAACACGCAUAUGUGUUUAGCUUCUUAGUUAUUUGUCGUAUUACAACCAUGUACAUGUAGUGUUUCAUUAACUCUAGUCCUCCGGCUAUAACCAUGUGCCAAUAAAUGUUCGUACUUCAUUGAGGUCAAUUUUAUGAUUUAUAAGAUUUUCUGAUUAAGGAUAGUUGACAAAAGCUGAUGGGGAGGAAGAUUCAAACUAUUUUCUUGCCUAUGUGGAAGGUUUUCCUAAUCGUCACUUCAAGGGAAUUAUAUCGUUUACUUGCAACAGUUCACAAAGGUACCAUAAACCAGAUUUGCUAAGGCCUUGAAAAGGGAAUUCCAAGCUAUCUCUUAUUUGGUUGGUAGUUCCAAAGUCCACACAUGGCAUGUGGAUGAUGAUGCCUCUUGGCCUUCAUCCCCUUUGGCUUUGCAUAUGAUAAGUCAAAUACGUGGCAGGAGAAUGACGGGCAAGCUGGCUGGCUACCAUUUUCUUUUUCUUUUUCUAUCUUUCAUAUACUCAAAAUAUCAACACUCUUAAUUAGAAAUUUCAAAAACUCUACCAAAUUGUAUAUAAGAAUAAAUAAUUCUAAUAAAUAGUUUAUAUUGUUUUUACUUUUAAA